AUGGAACCCCAAAAGGCCAAGCUGCGAAAGCAGUCCAAAGUCUCUCGCAAUGCUGCUACGAAGGUCUCGUCGCAUGCUGGCGAUUCUUCCGACGAAAACGAAAAUGGCGCUCUCAAGUUUGACAUUGACGGCAUUGACGACAGUGAUACGUCUGAAUCGUCUAUUGAGUUGGAGAAACGCCUUCCCAAAAGCCGUAGAUCCGCCGAAUCGAAGAACACGCCUUCUGCAGAUGAUGAUGACGACGACGACGAUGACGACGAUGACGAAGACAUUCCCGUCUCAGACCUCGAAGAUCUAAACGAAGAAGAUCGCGAGGACCUUAUUCCGCACACGCGGUUAACUAUAAACAAUACGUCAGCCCUGCUUGCAUCUCUCGACCGCAUAUCCAUUCCUACAGGCAAUGAUGUGCCUUUCGCGACGCAUCAGAUCAUCGUCUCAUCCGCUACGACGGCCGAGUCCAUUCCUGAUGUAUCAGACGACCUUCAGCGAGAGCUUGCUUUCUACACCCAGUGCCUCGAAGCAGCCCGACAGGGUAGAAGCAAACUUCUAACCGAAGGUGUACCCUUUUCUCGGCCAAAGGACUAUUUCGCCGAAAUGGUUAAGGAAGAUGCGCACAUGGAAAAGGUCAAAGCCAAGCUGGUUGAAGAAGCCUCUGCAAAGAAAGCCUCUGCCGAAGCGCGUAAGCAGCGCGACCUGAAGAAGUUCGGCAAACAAGUCCAGGUUGCAAAACUGCAAGAGCGACAAAAGGCCAAGCGUGAAACGCUAGAGAAGAUCAAAACGCUGAAGAGAAAGCGUCAAGACUCCGGCGGGGACAUGGGCACUAAGGAAGGUGAUUUGUUUGACGUGGCAGUCGACGACGAGAUCUCCAAGCACUCGCAGCGCUCUACUGCGGGCCGGUCAUCGUCGAGCACAAACUCGAAGCGCCAAAAGAAGAACGAUAAAUUUGGUUUUGGUGGUAAGAAGAAGCAUGUCAAAUCCGGCGACGCGAUGAGCUCGGGCGAUUUGAGUGGCUUCAACGCCAAGAAGAUGAAGGCUGGUGGCGCCAAGUUUAAAAAGUCGAGCCGCCCUGGCAAGAGCAGGAGAAAGGCCAUGACAAGCAAAUAA